AUGACCGCCAGCGAAGCUCAAGUCAACAAGGAGCAGACCGUUGCCGACACACUGGCGUCAGUGUUGCCUUCUGAUGGAAAGUCUUGGUACAAACAGAAGCAUCUGUUGAAGCUCAACUUUAUCAUCCUUUCUCUGGUUAUGUUCUCAUCUGCGAACGGAUACGAUGGUUCCCUGAUGAACGGUCUACAAGCUCUUCCCAAGUGGAACGAGUUCAUGGACCACCCCCAGAAUGCCUGGCUCGGAUUCAUCAACGCCAUUUACUGGUUCCUUAACGGUGUCUCCUUCUUCAUCGCCGCCUGGAAUCAGAACAAAUACGGUCGCAAGAUGGGCCUGUACAUUGGCUACAUCUUCCUCGUCUCCGGAACCAUUCUGCAGACAGCAGCACCCAACCCCGCUGCCUUCAUCGCCGCCCGUGGCCUCCUUGGCUGCGCUGCAGGAUGGUACACCAGCGGUGCACCUCUGCUCAUCAACGAGAUCGCGUACCCCACCCAUCGAGCCAUUGCAUCGGCCUGCUUCCAGUGUGGGUUCUACCUUGGCAGUCUCAUCUCGGCAUGGGUCACAUUUGGAACCCGAAACUAUACAAGCUCCUGGGAUUGGCGUCUGCCCUCUCUCAUGCAGAUCCUGCUUCCUGCCCUGGCUUUCCCAGGUUUCUUCAUGGCACCUGAGUCUCCUCGAUGGCUCGCGUCUGUGGACCGCAAGGAGGACGCAGCUCGUGUUAUCGCAGAACAUCACGCAGGUGGAGAUGUCAACUCGCCCCUGGUCAUCUAUGAGACUGAGGAGAUUAUCAACACUAUCAAGGCUGAGCAGGAGGCACACUCCAGCGCUAGCUAUGCAGACAUGCUUAAGACCAGGGGUAACAGAUGGAGGCUGCUUAUCUCAGUUUCUCUUGGAAUCUUUAGUCAGUGGAGUGGUAACGGUGUUGUCUCAUACUAUCUGGCUAUGGUCCUUCAGACUGUGGGUAUCACCAGUGUUACUCACCAGACGCUCAUCUCGGCAUGCCUGCAGGUUUGGAACCUUCUUUGGGCCGUCGCAGCCGCAGCAAUGGUUGAGAAGCUCGGUCGACGACCUCUGUUCCUCACGUCUGCGGGAACCAUGUUGGUUAGUUACAUCGCCAUUACCGGAUUGUCAGGAUCUUUCGCGAGUACCGGAAACUCUUCUGUUGGCCUUGCUGUCAUCCCUCUCCUCUUCAUCUUCUUCACGGGUUACGACAUCGCAUUGUCACCCCUGGUUAUCGCAUAUCCCAUUGAGAUCUGGCAGUACCAGCUCCGAUCCCGGGGUUUCAGUGUCAUGUGGAUCUCCGGUAUUGUCGCCGGUAUCUUCAACAUGUUUGUCAACCCAAUCGCACUUGGAAGCAUCGGGUGGAAGUACUACUUUACAUACAUCGUAUUCCUCAUCGCCUUCGUGGUCAUUGCCUACUUCUUCUACCCUGAGACCAAGGGUCGUACCCUUGAGCAGAUGGCGUACAUCUUUGAUGGGGAAGAUGCCGUGACUGAGGGUGUGGAGGAUAAGCCCAAGGUUCUGUCAGUUGAACUGGAGCGCAAGAGUGGAUAA